AUGGCCGAUGCGCCCGAUGACCCCCAAUUCAUUGCAAGCAUGGCCUCAGCAGCCAAAUUGCUAACACAGGAUGGCGAGCGACAAAUGCAGUGUCUUUUGCACCAGGCAUCUGAUGAAGCAAGGACGCGUGUCGCUACGGCAGCUCUGGCGGCCCUCCUGGCCGAGCCUUGGUCCUACGACUUCACACGGCUGCUACUCUGCGCGGACGCAGAGGCCAUCGGAGAAGUCUCGAAGGUUGGUGCAGGGGAGCUGCCAGACAGCCUGACAAGAUGGCCCUCCAUUUGCUCUGUAGCUCAAGCGCGGGCAGUCUAUGAGCCGGCUCUUCAAAGACGGGUGAAGCAACUCCUCAUCGCCGGCGCGGAUGCGAAUGGUGCAAGAGGAGAAGGGCCUCCGCAGCUGCCCCUGAUGUGCUGUGCGAUGAAUGGCUGGACAGAGUUGGCCAAGUGCCUUCUCACUGCCCAGGCGGACGUGACUCUCUGCGACGCCUGCGGGUCAACUGCGUUGCACUACGCUGCCAUCCAUCAUGAGGCAACGCUGGCUGAAACGCUUCUGGAUUCCACGCGGCACAAUUGCACUGCCGAGCUGCUGGUCAGCCAUAGCCAAGGAGAUUUGCUCGUGCUGCCAUAUCAGGCUGCUGCGCUGCAGGAGGUUGCCACACUGGAGGUGCAAGGCUCUGCACAAACUGUGACCAUUCUGGCUGCUACUACUCGGGCGAGCGAUGACUAUGAUGAUGUCGAGCCUACGACCUUUGUGCCGGAUUGCCAAAGCUACGAGAGGUUGCCGUGCAGCUGCCACCACGUGCUCUUAAGUCCAUAUGAGAACGGCUUCUGGCCCGGCUUUGACCACCUGUGGCAGAAAGCUUCCCUCGAACGUCUGCUCACACUGCAGCAGGUGUAUUUCAGAGAGCAGUGGGGUUUUCGCUUCAUCGGCCACCACUUCUGGCACAGUGCCGGCUUUGGAAACUUCAAGAAUGGGCUGGAUACGCCCUACUUCACGGCUACCUCCUACGCCCAAUAUUUUCCAGAAGCUUGCCACGUGGAGCCAGCGUGCAGGCUUACUCAGGCCUUCAGUAUGUCGCUCAACUGGGUAGUCACGCUGAAGCAAUUUUCUGUGUUUCCUGAAGGCAGCCAAGUUGAAGCUUACAUCCCCCACUUGGCUGAGAUGGCAGACGCUCAGCAUGUUGAGGCUUGGAGGGGUGCACCUUGGUAUUAUCUGCUUGAAAAGCCGCACUGGGCGGAGGCUUUCCUUUUUCUACUGCAAGAGCUGGAAGAGCUGCUGACUGGCCAGCCGGUCCAGGAGAGUGCCGAAGACGAACGCUUCGCCCGGUCCGUGGCACGGAUGGGCUCCGACGUCUCUGAGGGCGGCGCCUGCCGCGAAGUCGCCGCCCUGCGGGAGGUGAGCCGCGAGAGCCGCGGGCCCGAGCGCUUUGUGGCGAUGGCCCGCCUGCAGCACGCAGUGUUCCAGCCUCCGUGUUUCCAGAGCCUCGCCCACAGCAUGGUCAUUUUUGGGGCCGCGGUCCGGCAGCUGCUUCCAGUUCCAGAUGCUCCCUGGCCGUUUGGUCCGGCGGAGCCAGCUGAAACGUCCGCGCUGUGGCGACUGUGCGGCCAACCUGGCGUUGCACAUCGAAGGGUUGGACAAGCUGAACUCCACUUCCUCUCAGGAGAUGUAGUCGUCGUUGGAAACGAGCUUCAAGUGGAGCUGCUUUGGACAGCCACAUCGGAUGACGACUGCAUCAUGGUGGGCACCAACUUCCACAACAAUGGGAGCUUGUACUACUCGUUUAUGCACACUCUGCCGCAAUCUUUUCUAAUGCACUGGGAGUGCAGCUUCGGCUUGGACAAUGGCACGGAGCAGUUCGACCACCACCAUGCUGCCAGUACCUCGCUCUCCGGCUUCACAUUGAUCACGGCCUGCAGGGUUCCGCAGGGCACAGCGUCGAGCCGCUUGUGGACGGAAACAAGAGCAUCGGCUGGAAUAGAGCUCCAGCUCCGCAGCGCCUGGGCGCCGGAGCCCCUGCGGCUGUGUCCGCGGCCCCGCGUGCGACGGGCGCUGGCGGCGUGCAGUGCACCGCUUCAUGAUGCCGAGCGAGUGCAUGAGAUUCUGCCUCAUGCGCUGGAAGACUGGUUGAACUACCAUUUUGCCAUCGGCAUCGAGCAUUUCACCGUUUUCGACACGGACGGGUCCUACGAGCCCUACCUGCGGCGCUUCGUGGACGUCGGCCUGGUGUCCUACCGCGGCCGCUUCCCGGGGCUUGUGGCACCCAAGCUGGGCCUAGCCAGCGCCGGGUUGAAGCGUCCAGAGCAGCAGCGCAGGAUGCUGAUGGAACCACAUGCUCUGGAGCUUUGUGUGUGGGAGAACCGGCAGGUUGCUGACUGGGUGGUGGUGGUUCACUCGUUCGAAGAGUACCUGCAUUCGCCCCUCCUGUCCAGCAAGCUGCAGGAGGUGCCACUCAGCCACCUGAUCCGCCAGUGGGCAGAGCAAGUGCCAGGCACCGCGUUGUUCGAGCUGUUUCAGGAGCCCAUGGGCGGAGCUCGGCGGGAUGGGCAGACAGUCUUCAGCCGCUGGACGAAGAAGCGUGGACUGGAGAUGAGCGAUGCUCCCGGCGUCCCGGGCCUGCAAGCUGACAGCCUCCACUUCCAGCCCUUUGCAUGGAUUGUGGACCCAGUGAAUGUGAUUCAGACGGCUGUUCACUUUGCACAAGCCCGGGCAAACGGCCACAAGAUGAUUGUAUUGCCAAAGCAGACCCUCCGCGUCAACCACUACAUUGACCUGGGCAGCAACACAACUCGCUGCCUCGAUGAGCUAGGCGGCUGCAAUGUGGAAGACGAUACCUUACUUUGGGCUGAAGAGCGGGUGUUGUCCAUGCGAGCUUGA